AACUCGGCCAACCUCCCCACCCGCCCUCGCCGCCCGCCCACGCCAAGGCCACGGCAAGUAUAAACGUGCCCGUGAUGGAUGCCGCCCGCGGCGCCAGCGUGAGCGAGUUCGAGACGGCGCAAGCCGAGCCCUUGCCGAGACGGAACCGAGCCGCCCGCCCGGGGGCUCUCGGAAUCCGAGUCGUGACGGCGCUGCCCAGAGCUCCCCUCUACAUAUAAGGCCCGCGCCCCCGGCGUGCGCGGCUUGACCGCAAGCCCAAAAGACACACGAGUUCCCCUGUCCGUCCGGCAUCCGUGCGCGCCGUCUCCCACGCUCGCCAGGGUCCAGCAGGAGGAGGAGCAGACAUGGCGACGGAGACGGUGACGACGACGGCGACGGCGAGCGCGAUGGAGAGGCGGCACGGCGGGGGGUGCUGCCGGCACGCGGCGGCGACGCCCGCCGCCGCCGGCGUGGUGCUCUCGUCGCGGGGGGAGGGGGGCGAGGGGAAGCAGCUGCCGCGGCUGGUGCGGUUCGAGGAGCUGCCGGACUACCUGCGCGACAACGAGUACAUCCACGCGCACUACCGCUGCGAGUGGUCCGUCCGCGACGCGCUGCGCAGCGUCUUCGCGUGGCACAACGAGACGCUCAACGUCUGGAGCCACCUGGGCGGCUUCUUCCUCUUCCUCUACCUCGCCGUCGCCAAGGAGACGGGGAGGGUGGCCGCCGCCGCCGCCCGCGCCGCCCCCGGCAUCGUGACGCUCGUCCUGACGUCGGCCAACGCGUCGUGGGAGACCCGCAGCGGCAACUCGAGCUUGCUGGCGAGCACGGACUUGUCGGCCGUGCUGGCGAGCGGGAGCAGCGGCCUCGCCCAGGCGGUGCCGAGGUGGCCGCGGACGGUGUUCCUGGCGGGGGCGAUGACGUGCCUGGCGGUGAGCGCGGCGGCGCACCUGCUGGCGUGCCACUCGCGGCGCUUCAACCGCCUCUUCUGGCAGCUCGACUACGCGGGGAUCGCCGUCAUGAUCGUCGCCUCCUUCUUCCCGCCGGUCUACUACGCCUUCCUCGGCGACGCCCGCACGCAGCUCCUCUACCUGUCCCUGAUCACCGCGCUGGGCCUGCUCGUGGUGGGGCUCAUGCUGUCGCCGGCGCGGUCGUCGCCGCGCCUCCGCCACUUCCGCGCCGGCCUGUUCGUGUGCAUGGCGCUGUCGGGGGCGGUGCCGGCGCUGCACGCGCUGGCGCUCCACUGGGGCCACCGCGAGUGCCACCUCGCCCUGGCGCUCGAGCUCGUCAUGGGGCUCGUCUACGCGGCGGGCGCCGGGUUCUACGUCAGCCGGGUGCCGGAGAGGUGGAGGCCGGGCAAGUUCGACUGCGUCGGCCACAGCCACCAGAUCUUCCACGUGCUCGUGCUCGUCGGCGCGCUCACGCACUACGCCGCCACGGCCAUCCUCAUCAACUGGCGGGAGGCCAUGGCCGCCGUCGCCACCGCCGGCGGGGCGCCAGCGUUGACAUUGUGACUUGUGGCUCGCUGGCGGAACAAUGUAUAUGUAGGCAAAGGGUGCGCAAUUGAUUCGUUCAUUCAUUCAUUCUUUGUACUCGACAUGCAUCAAUCAAAAAUAUUUGUUCUUCUUGGCAUUUCAUAUGCAAAUUAUAUA